AGAGGCCAUGCGAAAUCAGGGUAGAGACUUUCAACGCGAUGCCGUGUCACACUGGUCACACACACUGCGACCCUUGCUCGCAGCUCCGUGUUACCGCUGAGGUCCUGGCUCACAAGAUGUCUUUGGCUCUGGAAUACUCGUCAAGUGAGGAAGAAGAUGGAGGAGCUGCAUCGAAUCCCUUUGGUCUGGCUCCUGCGCCGAAGAAGCCGCGUGUCGAAGAGGGUUCCUCCACCCUUCAAACGGUACCCUCCGCCGCUCCUCAUGUGUUAUCAGAGGAUGUGCUUCAUCAAACGUCUCUGAUUACUCGACCUACGGACACGCAAAUGAACGUGAACAUUCCGUACCAUGAAAUGAUACUCCCCGUGCAAGGGCCCGAAAACCCCUUCGGAGACCGUAAUCGGUUCUUGAACCAAAAUGCGCUUGCUGGACACGUCGAGGAACAGGCGAUGUCGGAGCACGCGUUCAAGGCACAACACCUAACUCACGCGAUGCUGGGGUAUUCGGCCAACCCAUCUGUAGACCCAAACGCCCCAGCCAUCCUCGGCUCCUUGGACAGUGCCCAUGCCAACGGCUUUGCGACCAUCGACAUGAUUCGCGCGACGAGAAACCAACGCAAGGAACUGAAGCGGAAGCGGAAGACAAAGGGUGAUCUGGAUAUCGUGGACGGGGACGACGCGUAUGUUGGACCAUGGGCGUCCUGGGAAGGCGAUGGUGCCCAGCCAGAUUUCCUUGCGGGUGUCGAAGAAGACGAUGAGCCAGAAGAGGAGGAGGAGGAGGAACUGCCGAUCAAGAAGGGAAAGCCCAAACGCCCCACUGGUGUCGGACACGAGCACUCGGUAUUCCACGGCAAGUCCGAGACGGACUAUCAAGGGCGAACAUACAUGUCGGCUCCGGUGUCCGAGGCCCCGAAUCUCACCCAGGAAGUUGGAUCGCAGGACUGCUUCAUCCCGAAAGUUUGUGUGCAUACCUGGACCGGACACACACAGGGUGUGUCCGUUCUUCGUUUAUUCCCAGAAACGGGGCAUCUUUUGCUCAGCGGGUCCAUGGACACCAAAAUCAAACUUUGGGACAUUUACACGCACGGAAAUUGUCUGCGUACGUUUCACGGUCACACAAAAUACGUCAAGGACGUUUCAUUCUCCAACGAUGGGCGGCAGUUCUUGUCUUGUGGCUACGACCGUCAAAUGAAGCUUUGGGAUACCGAGACGGGCCAAUGUUUGAAACGUUUCAGCAACGGCAAAAUCCCUCAUGUCAUUCGAUUCCACCCUGAUCAGGACAAGCAGCAUAUUUUUUUGGCUGGCAUGUCCGACAAGAAGAUUAUACAGUACGACAUGAAUUCGGGUGACAUUAUUCAAGAGUAUGAUCAACAUCUUGGGCCUGUCAACACGAUAACCUUUGUCGACGAAAAUCGCCGAUUUGUGACCACAUCCGAUGAUAAGACUAUUCGCGCAUGGGACUACGAUAUUCCUGUGGUCAUCAAGUACAUUGCGGAGCCCCACAUGCACUCAAUGCCGGCUGUUACACUUCAUCCAUCUAAAAAAUACAUGGCCGCGCAAUCUCUCGACAACCAGAUUCUGGUGUAUGGAACGGACAACUUCCGCCAGAAUCGCAAGAAGCGCUUUGCGGGGCAUUCAGUCGCGGGUUACGCAUGUCAGGUCGGCUUUUCGCCGGACGGAAAGUGGAUCAGCAGUGGAGACGCCGAGGGCAAUCUAGUGUUUUGGGACUGGAAGACGGGUCGGAUCAAGUCGAGACUGAAGGCACACAACAAAGUGGUCAUCGCCCACGACUGGCUUCCACACGAGACGUCCAAAGUUGUCACGGGCUCCUGGGACGGGCUGAUCAAGCUUUGGGACUGAGAGAUUACUUCAUUUGUUGUACCGACCGUCGUAGGGGACUAGUGUAUAUUCUCUCUCAUCUCGAUACGAAAUUCUUGCUAGUCGGAUGCCGCCCUUUUCGCAUCGGACUUGCCCUUGCAGUUCCCAAUGUGGGCCGAUAUCAAAGCGAAGGCUGUCAGGAACAGUUUCGAUCCUUCGCGAGGGUACAGCCGUGGCAGAGCUCGCCCGUGGAGCCCUAGGCCGUUUCCACGGUGCCAAGGCUCUUGUCAUUCUAAUCAGGAACGACAAGCGCAAUUUGCGGAAAAUAUCCCGACACAGAUCGCACCGCACAGAUCGAGCGCCUUCCAAACCUGUAAAUGCCACAGGGCUGUCACUUACGUCAACGUCACACACCGUGACAAUGACGGCUAAACCGGCUCUCUUUAAAAGCAAAUCCGGUUCGUCGAAAAGGAGCUCAACUCCCUGCCCUCGUACGCACUCCCAAGAUCCAAAAUGCUCUUCCGUUGUUAUCUAGUUGUCUUGUCCCUCCUCGCCGUCGCCUCCGCUGCUGCCAUACCUGUCGACGCAGAUCUCGCCCUCCGUGACUCCUCGGCAAACAGGGACUGGAAACGGGACUCGUCCGCCAACCGCGACUGGCGUCGUGACUCUUCCGCGAAUCGUGAUUGGAGACGCGACUCGGCUGGAAACAGAGACUGGCGCAGGGACAGCUCCGGUAACAGGGACUGGUGAUCCCUCUACGUCUGAGCCCUUUUCGGAGUCGACCUUGACGGCCUCCGCGGCCUCGUCAGGCCCGGCCCGACCCCUGACUCCUCUCGAUAAUACACCUUUACUUGUCUAUUGCAGCAAUGCGCGCUUGGGAUUUACCUUACCACACUCCUUGAUAACACCUACUGUUUCCUUACUCUCGUCGAUCCACGACUCUCGUUGUACUGUAAUUACUUAGCUCCUUACCUUUUUUUGACGGACGACCAGUCUAACUCUGUCGGAUGAGCGAAAUUCAAAAUCCCUGUGAUGGUACCUGCCGAGGCUGCGCAUCGGGCCCCGUCACCACUCGUGACGUGCUGUGACUGCACGCGUUUCCUUCACACCAUUCCUAGUGCCGUUACCGGUUCGGGUCUCCGCUUCCACCGUCUCGCAACCAACGCGCUUUUCUUCCAUUCGCUUCAAAUCAAGAUGGCUGAUUUCGUCCCCACGUCCGAAGAUCAGCGCACAACCGAUCGCGCACUCGUCUUCGACGCCUUUCUCACUCACGACUUCGACCCCGUCAACAAAAACACAAAGUACCGAAACGAGAUUGUCAGGCUUCUUCGAGCUCAGGAGACGCGUCUUAUCAUCAAUAUCGACGACCUUCGAGAUUACAACCGCGUCUACGCCGAUGGUCUCAUCCGGCAGCCCACGGAGUACCUGCCAGCAUUCGAGCAGGCGUUGAAUGAGCUGAUCCCCCGGCUGACCGAGCUAUCGGACAAGUUCGAUACGUCGAAGACGAAGCCGCUGCAUCUUGGCUUCAUUGGCUCGUUCGGCGACCAUCACGUCAGCCCUCGAACCCUGCACUCCGCGUUAUUGAGUAAGAUGAUCUCGGUGGAGGGCAUCAUCACGCGUUGCUCGCUUGUGCGGCCCAAGAUGCUCAAGUCGGUGCACUUCUGCAAGAAGACGCGGUUGUUUCAUUCUCGGAUUUACCGCGACGCGACGAGCGCGACAUCGAAUGAACCGCCCACGACUUCGGUGCAGCCGACGGAGGACGAGAAUGGGAACCCUUUAGACACGGAGUUUGGGCACUGCGACUUCCAAGAUCAUCAGCGUAUCAGCAUCCAGGAGAUGCCUGAGCGCGCGCCAGCUGGGCAGCUGCCGCGGAGUGUGGAUAUUAUCCUUGACGACGACCUGGUGGACUCGUGCAAGCCCGGAGAUCGUGUUCAGCUCGUUGGGUUAUUCCGAAGUGUUGGCGGCGGAGGCAGUGGGGCAUUCAAAUCGGUCAUUCUUGCCAACAACAUUCAUCUGCUCUCAUCCAAGAUCGGGGGUGGAAUUGCUCAGACACCAUUGACGGCAGACGACAUCCGAAAUAUCAACAAAUAUUCUAAGCGCACGAACAUAUUCCACCAACUCUCGCGAUCUCUUGCACCGUCAAUCUAUGGCCAUGAUUACAUCAAAAAGGCUAUUCUGCUUCUUUUGCUUGGUGGUGCCGAGAAAAAUUUGCCUAAUGGGACCCAUAUUCGAGGCGACAUCAAUUUGCUAAUGGUCGGCGACCCUUCGACCGCCAAGUCGCAGCUGCUUCGGUUUGUGCUGGGCAGUGCGCCAUUGGCGAUUGCGACGACGGGACGGGGAAGUUCUGGUGUUGGUUUGACUGCGGCAGUAACGACGGAUAAGGAAACGGGGGAGCGGCGGUUGGAAGCCGGCGCCAUGGUCCUCGCUGACCGUGGGGUUGUGUGCAUCGAUGAAUUCGACAAGAUGUCCGACGUUGACCGAGUCGCGAUCCACGAGGUAAUGGAACAGCAGACUGUUACGAUUGCCAAGGCGGGGAUCCACACGAGCUUGAAUGCCCGGUGCAGUGUGGUCGCAGCCGCUAACCCGAUUUAUGGACAGUACGAUAUCCAUAAGGAUCCGCACAAGAAUAUCGCACUACCCGACUCGCUGCUGUCUCGAUUCGAUCUGCUGUUUAUUGUCACGGACGAUGUGGACGAGGAGCGUGAUCGGAGGAUUGCCGAUCACGUGCUCCGGCUGCAUCGAUACUUGCCGCCAGGAGUCGAGGAGGGAACCCCUGUGCGAGAUAAUCUUUCGCAGGCUUUGGCUAUGGACGGACCCGAAACUGCGGCGCAGGAAAUGGCCGAUGCAGAGACGAGUCCGUUCGAGAAGUUCGAUCCGUUGCUGCAUAUCGGCGUGACUGCGCCGCUGACCGAGGGUCGGAGCACCCGCAGCAAGAGCAAGGCCAAGCAAGAGACGCCACAGAUUUUCACAAAUGUGUUCAUCAAAAAGUACAUUCAGUAUGCCAAGAGCAAAGCUGCGCCGGUCCUGACCAAGGGCGCGGCAGACUACAUCGUGCAGGUUUACGCGAGCCUGCGAAAUGAAGUGCUCGAGGGAAACCGGAAGAAGACUUCACCACUGACUGCUCGCACGCUCGAAACACUGAUUCGACUGGCGACGGCACAUGCCAAAGCCCGCUUGUCGACGAAAGUCGAAGAAACCGAUGCACACGAAGCCGAAAUCAUCAUCCGCUUCGCGCUUUUCAAGGAAGUGCCCAAAAGAGAGCGUCGAAAGAAGCGCAAACUGAAUACGGGGCUCGGCCGGGAAGACGAGGACACCGACAUGGAGGGUGGGGAUGACAGCGAAGCCGAGGAUGAGACUCCCGCACGGAUGAGCAUGCCGCCGAAGGGCAAAGCCACGCCGUCACCAGAGCCAGAGGCGGUCCAUCCCGUGGCAGAAGCGAGCCAGGAUCCCAUCUGGGGUGAGGACAGCCAGGAUGUGACUAUGGAUGUCGACGAACCAGGGACUGCACCACGUGACGAUGCUCCGGAGCGGUCGCAGACAUUCAGAUCGCGGCUCGCGCGACUGAUGACUUCUACAUUCGCCAACCAAGAAGCGAUCGAGAUAGACGACGUGCUGCAGGAGGUCAAUAAAGGCCUUGACCUGGAUCUCGUGUUCAACCGGUCCGAGGCCAGACAGCACCUCAAGGUCAUGGACGAGGCCAACGAGAUCAUGCUCGGAGAUGACAUGAUCUAUCCUGUUUGAGUGUAGACUCGUGCGCGCGUCAGGCGAGAGCACUUAAUCCUUGCUUUGUUUAUCCUGCUGUCUACCAUGUAUGUACGUACCAUCGAUCAAAUCGCAAAGUCAUCCUUCCCUGCACUGCACAAUCUUUUGCACCUCCUCUCUGGGCAGCUCACAGACUUGGAUGAGCUCCAGCACAGCAUCGGUCCAGGCCGAAUCUGCAACUGUGCCAAACGUAACUCGCUUCAGUUUGUCCCAGGCUUCUCCAUCGAGCCCCACGACUCGUCCCGCCGUCAACAAUGUCAGCCACGGCGCCUCGACGCGAGUCCUGCUGAGCGACCCAGCCAGCACAGCCUGACACGUCUGGACCCAGAUCUCGCAUUCAGCAUGGAUCGCCUUGCCAGCCUGUGUGCUGAUCUGCCCUCGAUACAUGAUCUGUCGCUGGAAGAUGUGCUCAGCCAGUCGAGCUGCGAUCCGUCGAUACAGCACUGUAAGCGUCGCAAGCGGCAGUAUUGUCUGCAGGUAUUUCAAGAGCGUCGAGAGCACCGCAAGAGGCGAGAGCAGACUCUGAGACAGAGCGAUGUCGUCGUUGGGAUUGGGUCUGUCAAGAACUCGGAAUAGCCAAUCGGUCGUACCGACCAACCAGUUCAUCGAAGAUCGCAUCCUCGGGAUCCGUCGACCCCACCGCCGACGGUUCCGGUAAGCAGUGGAGUUCGAGGAAGAACAGGUCUUCACCCCAUCCCUUCAUUGCCGCGAUCAUGAACUUGGCACUCAGCCAUGCCUUGGCAAGCCGUUGCACGCCCUCGACACCGUCAGUCAGCCGCCGCGCGUCGACUUUGACCGAGCCUUCGUCUCGCCCGCCGAGACUGACCGACAAUGCGCCUGGUACGGCUCGCACAAACGCGGAGGAAAGAGUCUCAAAGGCAUCGAGGGACGACGACACCCGACUCUGGUAGUUCUCCAAAAGAGGGAUCUGGACUGCAAUCAAGAAUCGAGUGCGGUGUGCGAAGUGAGGGAGAGGAGAGUAUCGGUCUGGGUUCAUUGAUUAGCACCGCAGUACACAGAAUGAGGUCACAGCCCAGAUACCUGUCACUUGCUCGACUAAUGCCUUCAGUCGCCGUGAA